AUGAGUGCCCCAGCGAUGACCCUGCCCAAGUCCGAGCUGGACGUCAUCCCUGACUCCAUGCGGUACGAGUACGACCCCUGGCUCCUCGACGACCACCCGCUCCGCUCCCAUCCCACUGUCUGUAUUCCCGGCCUGGGUACUUUUCUCGCCGAAUGGUACACCACCACCCAGCGCCGUUGGAAGGAGGGCCUGCUGCGUACCGGAUGCAUUGUGCUGGCUUGCUUUGUGACCUUCCAAUGUCUGCGAGCCCUCCCCUCCACCGGAGGCAAAGGUGCCCCUCGCCCGGCCUCUGUCUCGCAUCACAGCACGCGCGACUGGCAAUUCACCUGCACUUUUCCCCAUUCCGACCCGCGGCCCAACGCCCUUGCGCAAUCCGUUGCUGCCGGAUGCGAUGGGCUCCGCACCGAUAUUUGGCUGCACGGCAAUGAGCUGCAGAUGGGCCCUUCGGACGCGGGCCCCAAGGCCAUCAAUGACAUGCAGAAUCGUCUCGACUCUCUCUUCGCCAAAGUGGGACCCCGCCAGGCCCAAUCCCCCACCGACUUUCAAGUGCCCCUGAACGCCGACGUCUCCGAUGACAUCACCCACGAGGUCCAGAACGAGGACGAAAACAGGGACGACGAAGACUCCCGUCGAUCAUUUUGGCUAGUAUUAGACAAGCAGUCUUCCCUGCGAGAGCUCUACCCGUCUCUGGUGUCACAUCUCGACGCUCUCCGCCAACAAGGCCAAUUGACCCACUGGAAUGGGGAGCGCAUCGUGCAGCGUCCAUUCACUGUCAUCGUGACUAGCGAAUCUCUGCCCCGGUCCGACUGCUCCAAUCCUUACACCGAUAUCUUCUGGUCCUCAACUGAAGAACUGUUCUCCAGCGACGACGCCACGAGCAGUCACCUUGUCCCUUUCUGUGCCGUAUGA